GUUGGAAGGAAGUGGGAAGGAGGUGGAAAGGUGCAGGUGGAGUGUGGUGGAGGGAAGAUGGAGAGUGGAGAGUGGAGAGUGGAGAGUGGAGAGUGGAGAGUGGAGAGUGGAGAGUGGAGAGUGGAGAGCAGAUGGCAGAUGGCAGAGCUUUUAUGGACGUGCCAAGACUGCUGCUUUCAAUCUCACUGCAGGUGCCGACCAAACGCUUGAAGCACGUGUACGCGAGAUGUGGUCAGGCAUUCCAGUCAGGUCGAGUUUGUUGCGUUGUGCUGAUGGUGAUGGUGUUUGGACGAACGGGGAAUUGGAGUAGAGCUGACUGACCAGAGAGCUUGUUGCAAGCGUGGCAAGCCUUUCCGACGAGACUCGAGAGUGAGUGAGCAGGUGAUGCAGUGCAGAUGGGCGGAGGCCGACGAGCAGGAGGGGGUUGAGGGUGGACGAGAGGUGGUAGUGAAGAAGUGAAGAAGUGAAGAAGUGAAGAAGUGAAGAAGUGAAGAAUGAAGAAGUGAAGAAGUGAAGAAGUG